AUGGCAGACGCCGAGCCGCAGCCCGAAACCCUCGAAGCUCUCCAAGCGCGUCACCGUAAAGAGCAACGCGACCUGGUGUCACGCACAACACAAAAGAAGAAACAAGCAAGCAAAAAGACGCGAAAAGGUGUGAAUGAUGAGUGCGAAAGACUGGAAAGGGAGCUCAAGGAGCGGCAGGAAAGCGAGCUUGCUGCGCUGAAUGGGGAGGCUGCGGAAGAGCAAGCAGAGGACGAAGCGGAGGCGCAAGACGAUGACACUAUCGAGGAUGGUGUUGCAAAGCUGCAGAUGAACAGUGGCAAUACGCAGAGCCAGGACGGUAGCACAAUAGGCGACGACGAGGACACGGGGUCGGGAGGUAGGAAGAAGAAGCCCAACCGUGCAAAAGCCCGCCUGGCCCGUCGCGCCGCCGAACAAGACGCUGCAAUACGCGAAGCAGAGCUCGAAGCUGCAAAUGCCCCGAAUCCACGAGAGAUUGAGCGCGAGCGAAUGGAGACACAAUUGCAGAAACACAAGCUGGCGUUACAUGAGAUCAGGGCGGAUGGGCAUUGCUUAUAUGCUGCCGUCGCGGAUCAAUUACAGACCAGGGAGCUGGACUUGAAGCCGGAGAUCAAGGUCAUAAUAACAGAGAAGUCGCAAGCUUAUAGGGGUGUGCGGCAUGCAGCGGCAGACUGGAUCGAGGGUCAUGCGGAUGACUUCGCCGGAUUUAUGGAAGACCCGCUCCCAGAGCAUGUGAGGAAGAUCAGGGAGACGGGUGAGUGGGGCGGGCAUUUAGAGCUGCUGGCACUGGCACGGACAUGUGGACUCAGGAUAUGUGUGCUGCAUAGUGACGGGCGAGUGGACAAGAUCGAGCCUGAGGAAGCCGCAGCAGAUCUGGAAGAGAUAUGGCUGGGAUACUACAAGCACAGUCACGGGUUGGGCGAGCACUACAACUCGCUGCGGAAAGCUGGAUGA